AUGGAUACUGUGACUUUUCCUUUGCGUGAACUGCCACUGGAAAUUCGAAGAUUAAUAUAUUACCAUUACUUCUUCCGAGAUGGGAUCAUGUGCCAAAUAAGUAGCAUCCCUCCGCCUUAUAUUAAGCCCCUGGGCGAGCAGCAUGUUGGCGAGCAGCGCUUGCAAGCCACUGCUCCGUCGUCCUGCACGGGCUUUCAGGCGACUUUGAGAUCUAAUAUUGACGCCAUGUCUAUUUUACUCGCUUGCCAUCAAACGUAUGACGAGUCUCUCGACGUUCUGUAUUCAAACGCUGUGUUCCACAUUGAUGAUUUGAAAGCUCUACGGCAAUUUCUAGAUUUGAGUCUUCGUUCGGGAACCGAUAUUUUCGUUCGCUCUAUCUACUUUGACUGGGUCAGCUUUGUGUGGUUUGAUUACGGCUCUCAGAUCGCAGUGCAGGCAUAUGUCGAUGAGUAUUGGUAUCCCGUGGCUCAAAGAUUCAGUGAGAUGCGAGGAUUGCGGGACCUAUGGGUUGCUAUUCAACCUGGGAAGAUGUAUAAAACGGCCUAUGACUUCGAAAAUAUAGAUUACUUUCAGCCGCUCCGGAGAAUUCCAACUCUACGCUUCGUCUUGGAGCGGCAUGAUUAG